UCUACAUUGAUAAACCUUUUGGUUUGGAGGACUUAGCUGGGACUUAUGUGCCUGCUAUCGGCGACUUACCUACUAUGGGAUCUGUUUGGACACGGCGAGAGUUUGCGCAUACUCAGGUUAGGGGAUGCUACCCGUCCUUCAUGGCGCAGUUUGAUAGUUUGCACGAGGAUCAAGUUAUUUGGGAGCCAUACUCGCCUCAGGCUAUAUCAUCGAGGUACCCAGUUGGGAUUUCUGGAUUGUGCACUAGAGAUCGGCACUUUUGGAUGACCAAGGCCAAGUUGGUGUUCGACGUGACGGUUGAGGAGAUGUCUCUUCAUAGGGUGAUGAGACAGUUCGGUCUAUAUCAAGAGCCUGCGAUUCCAGAUAUUCCACACUUGCCAGACCACGUGCACAAGGACAGUCGCCUAGGAGGAAACAAGUCCAUGACUUAUUGGCUUGAGAGCAUUACCCCUUACGUUGACGAAUGGACUACCGCUGCGACAAAUAUCUAG